GCAGUCUACAAUUUUUAAAAAUCAUGGGAAACGAGUUUCAUGUAGCUGUUCUUGUCGUAUUUUUCUUAACUUUACACGUUGGCACAAAGGCUAGAUAUUGUAAAGAUGUAAACUACGUAACAAUUAAGGAUGCGAGACGAAGCACGGCCUACAUUCUGCCACAUAAUUCUUCUUCGAACAAGCUCUGCGAUAGAAAGGCGAUUAUAGACGACGUUUGGUACCGGUUUUCAAGUGAAGCUGGAGGAGAUAUAGCAACGAGACGGCCAAACCGCGGAGGAUGUGGUACACGAGCACCUAUAUGGAUGAACGGCACUCAUCCUACGGUGGAAGAAGGAAUUGUGAAAAGAAAAGCUUGUCUCGACGCACCACUGGUCAUACCUUAUGGCUGCGGUUAUUCUUACGAUAUAAACGUGAGAAAUUGUAGUGGCUACUAUAUUUACCAACUAAAGACGCCAUCUCAAUGCGACUCAGUUUACUGCGCAGGUUCAAAGCUACCUAACUGUUCGAAUGCUGAUCCUGAAGACUAUUGCCUUGCAAAUCGACCGCCGUAUAUUACAAUGCCCGACCGAUUAUACGCCGUCGAGAAUAGCACAUUUCAACUAGUCAUAAAUGGAACCGACCCAGAACGUUAUCCUUUGACAUACGAAGUUCCCUCAAGCGUGAACAUCAGCAUUGUUUCAUACGACAAAGCGCAGAAAAAAGUUCAGAUUUUUGCGAGCAAAUCUGGGAGCAUAUCGCUGAAAGUUAUUGACUACGAAGACCUUGCAGCCAAUCAUACAUUAAGUAUCCAAGUCGUAUCUUGCCCUUGCCAAAAUGGAGGUACAUGCCGCAGCAACAAGAAUGUAUCUGCGAAUCUUGAGGAGGUGUCCAAUUUCACAUGUACUUGUCUUAAAUCAUUUUCUGGGAGGUUGUGUGAAAAUAUCGACCAAUGUAGGAAUUUGCCAUGUUUUCCGCGUGUGAAUUGUAGUGUAACAGGUGAUAAAUACUACAUCUGUGGAAAAUGUCAUCCCAGUAUGGAAGGCGAUGGCCGGAAUUGUAAGCUUAUUCUGCCUAAUGGUGCGGUUGCAGUUGUACUAACCAUGACUAUCAUCUCUGGAUUGUCAUGGAAUGAUGACCUUCUAAAUAAAACAUCCUUCAUCUAUAAGGAGACUACUGCUGAGAUUGAAAUUCAGAUCAUAAAGGCCUACAGCGAUACAAAACAGUUCUUGAAUGUGAUUGUUAACAGUUAUCGGAAGGGAAGCGUGUUGGUGGUGGAAUUUCAAAUUGUUUUAAAGAAAAUGAUAAAUGAUGCGAAAUAUGACCCAGUGAAGUUAUUAAGAAGUCUUGCUAAGCAAAACAAGUUUGGAAGGUUCACCGUUGAGCCCCACAGUGUCAGGAAAAAAGGUACAUGUCGCAACAACAACCACAAGAAUAUAUCCACGAACCCUGAGGAGGUGUCCAAUUUCACAUGUACAUGUGUUAAGUCAUAUUCUGGGAGGUUGUGUGAAAAUAUCGACCAUUGUAGGAAUUUGCCAUGUUUUCCGCGUGUGAAUUGUAGUGUAACAGGUGAUAAAUAUUACACCUGUGGAAAAUGCCCUCUCAGUAUGGAAGGCGAUGGCCGGAAUUGUAAGCUUAUUCUUCGUGAUGGUGCGGUUGCAGUUGUACUAACUAUGACUAUCAUCUCUGGAUUGCCAUGGAAUGAUGACCUUCUAAAUAAAACAUCAUUCGUCUAUAAGGAGACAACUGCUGAGAUUGAAAUUCAGAUCAUAAAGGCUUACAGCGAUACGAAAGAUUUCUUGAAUGUGAUGGUUAACAGUUAUCGGAGAGGAAGCGUGGUGGUAGAAUUUCAAAUUGUUUCAAAGAAAGCGAUGAAGGAGCCACUAAAGCCAUUAAGAAGUUGCGUUAACCAAAACAAGUUUGGAAGAUUCACCGUCGACCCGCAAAGUGUCAGUGAAAAAACAACCAAAUCGGCCGAUGACACAUAUUUUGGACUUAAAAAAGCUGUCUUUAUCGCCAUAAUGUGUAUAGUGUCUCUUCUCGUGAUCAUAUCCAUUGCUAUUUGUGGAAUUUGCAUCGGAAAGAAACACAUCAGCGUAGUCUUGAUAAAUAUCAGUGAUGGUCAAGAACGUGAAAUCUGUCCUGAUGGCACUAAAGAGUCCGGCCUACAAAUGAAAACUCGCCUCUCUCGUAACCAAGUCCUGCCCACCUGAGAAGGAUUGAGAGCAUGGGUGGUUAAUAAAAAGGCCUUUGCAAAAACGUAAGCUCAUUUAGAGCGCCUUCGCGGGAAAAUGAGCCAGUUGACUGAGGCGCCUGCAUUCCAAAUUUAUCAUUGCGGUUACGAAAUACGUUGUUCCGAGGCUAGGGUUGUUGAAAUAUAUGCAUGUAUAGAAUUCUUAUAAAUGUUACAUCUUUUGGAAUAUCUAGCCGCUAUAUCUACAGGGUGAGCAAAAAAAAAACUGACACAAAAAAAAAACUGAAAUUCAAAUUAGCUGCAAUGUGUCUGUAA